GAGUGAGAUGGUGUCGAAGCACCACCCGCACCUGGUGCGGCUGCUGGGGCAGUGCAUCGACAUAGACGUGGCGCGGCAGCACAUGGAGCAGAUCCUCGUGUACGAGUUCAUGGAGAGCCACGACCUCAAGACCUGGAUCGGACCCGCCGUCCCCACCCCGCUCACACUGCGGCAGCGGUUGGAUGUGCUGAUUGGGGUGGCCAAGGGGCUGCAUUACCUGUAUGACUUUGGCAUCGUGCACUGCGACAUCAAGCCCGCCAACAUUCUCCUUGAUGCAAAGAUGCAGGCCAAGAUUGCGGACUUUGGGCUGGUGAAGUUGAGUGGCAGCACGUCCAUGGGCACCUCCUUGGCGGCCACUCAAGUGAUGGGCACGCCGGGCUUUGUGGACCCCGCCUACUUCAAGUCACAUAACGCCACUCCCGCAGCAGAUGUGCACAGGUGAGCAUUGAUUGUGUAUACUCGAGUUUC